CGCGGCUGCGAGCGACAGACCCGGGCGCCCCGAGCGGACCCGCGCGCGCGCGGCUGCGGGGAGGGCGAGUGCUCCCUCUUUUGUUUUUUUAAAUUUCAAAACCUAGUUUGGCUUCCCUCUGGAACGCUUUCGUUUUGAAAGGGCGCUGGCCCCGAGUCAGCGGGCGCUUUUCUCUGCACCAAGAUGGGCUUUGGCGCUUCCGUCGCGGGCACCAGCGGUGGCCUGAUUGUCAGUCUGCUCCGGGCAUUUUCAAGGCCGGGAGCCCAGCGCUGCGUGUAGGCGAGUCUCCCCGCGGGGCGCUUUGGCGUUUUCGGAGUCUCGUUGUUCUCUGGGGCCGAGAAGCGGCGGCCUCGUGCGCUCCGUCGCCCCUGCAGCAGCGGCCGCGAGGUGGAGGUGGGUCGCUCGGAGGGCGCCGUUCCCCGCGGUGAGCAGCCGCCCCAGCGAGUCCUCUGCCAGCCGGCGCCGGGAAAAUGGAGGCUGUGAUUGAGAAGGAAUGCAGCGCGCUCGGAGGCCUCUUCCAGACCAUCAUCAGCGACAUGAAGGGGAGCUAUCCGGUUUGGGAAGAUUUCAUAAACAAAGCAGGAAAGCUGCAGUCCCAGCUUCGGACAACAGUAGUAGCAGCAGCUGCCUUCUUGGAUGCCUUUCAAAAAGUGGCUGACAUGGCCACCAACACACGUGGUGGGACCAGGGAGAUCGGCUCCGCGCUCACCAGGAUGUGCAUGCGGCACAGGAGCAUAGAAGCCAAGCUGCGGCAGUUCUCCAGUGCUUUAAUUGAUUGUCUGAUAAACCCACUUCAAGAACAGAUGGAAGAAUGGAAGAAGGUGGCCAACCAGCUGGAUAAAGACCAUGCAAAAGAAUAUAAAAAAGCUCGCCAAGAGAUAAAAAAGAAGUCCUCAGAUACGCUGAAACUGCAGAAGAAAGCGAAAAAAGUGGAUGCUCUCGGGAGGGGCGAUAUCCAGCCCCAGCUGGACAGCGCGCUCCAGGACGUCAACGACAAGUACCUCUUGUUGGAAGAAACAGAGAAGCAGGCGGUCCGGAAGGCUUUGAUCGAGGAGCGCGGCCGCUUCUGCACCUUCAUCUCCAUGCUGCGGCCUGUGAUCGAAGAAGAAAUCUCAAUGCUAGGGGAAAUCACCCACCUUCAGACUAUUUCGGAAGACCUCAAGAGCCUGACCAUGGACCCUCACAAACUGCCGUCCUCCAGCGAACAGGUGAUUUUGGACUUGAAGGGCUCCGAUUACAGCUGGUCCUAUCAGACGCCGCCCUCUUCACCCAGCACCACCAUGUCCAGGAAGUCCAGCGUGUGCAGCAGCCUCAACAGUGUCAACAGUAGCGACAGCCGGUCCAGCGGCUCCCACUCGCACUCGCCCAGCUCACACUACCGCUACCGCAGCUCCAACCUGGCGCAGCAGGCCCCCGUGAGGCUGUCCAGCGUGUCCUCCCAUGACUCAGGGUUCAUAUCCCAGGACGCCUUCCAGUCCAAGUCGCCAUCCCCCAUGCCACCGGAGGCCCCCAACCAGAACUCGUCCAGCUCGGCCUCCUCGGAAGCCUCGGAAACCUGCCAGUCAGUGAGCGAGUGCAGCUCCCCGACCUCGGUCAGCUCGGGCUCCACCAUGGGGGCCUGGGCGUCCACCGAGAAGUUGUCUAACGGGUUUUCUCACUGUAGUUUGUCCAGUGAGUCCCAUGUGGGGCCCGUGGGCGCAGGCCUUUUCCCUCCCUGCCUGCCCGCUUCCCGGCUGCUGCCCCGGGUCACCUCUGUCCACCUUCCAGACUACGCUCAUUAUCACACCAUUGGGCCCGGCAUGUUCCCGUCAUCUCAGAUCCCUAGCUGGAAGGACUGGGCCAAGCCAGGCCCCUACGACCAGCCCCUGGUGAACACCCUGCAACGCCGCAAGGAGAAGCGCGAGCCAGACUCCAACGGAGGAGGGCCCGCCGGUGCAGGCGGCCCGCCGGCGGCUGCGGACGAGGCCCAGAGACCGCGCAGCAUGACUGUGUCGGCUGCCAGCAGGCCUGGUGAGGAGAUGGAAGCUUGUGAGGAGCUGGCCCUCGCCCUGUCACGUGGCCUCCAGCUGGACACCCAGAGGAGCAGCCGGGACUCCCUGCAGUGCUCCAGCGGCUACAGCACCCAGACGACCACGCCGUGCUGCUCCGAGGACACUAUCCCGUCCCAAGUUUCAGAUUACGAUUAUUUCUCCGUAAGUGGGGACCAGGAGGCCGAGCAGCAGGAGUUCGACAAAUCCUCCACGAUUCCGAGAAACAGUGACAUCAGCCAGUCCUACCGGCGCAUGUUCCAAGCCAAGCGCCCCGCCUCCACUGCCGGCCUCCCUACCACCCUCGGACCCGCCAUGGUCACCCCAGGGGUUGCCACCAUCCGACGGACGCCUUCCACCAAGCCUUCUGUCCGCCGGGGCACCAUUGGAGCUGGGCCCAUCCCCAUCAAGACACCAGUGAUUCCAGUCAAAACCCCCACCGUCCCAGACCUGCCGGGGGUGCUGCCAGCACCCCCAGAUGGGCUGGAAGAGCGCGGGGAGCACAGCCCCGAGUCGCCGUCUGUGGGCGAGGGCCCCCAGGGUGGCCCCAACGCGCCCGCCUCCAUGUGGAGCGGCCAGGCCUCAGUCAACCCUCCACUUCCAGGCCCGAAGCCCAGUAUCCCCGAGGAGCACAGGCCGGCGAUUCCGGAAAGCGAGGCCGAAGACCAGGAGAGGGAUCCCCCAAGUGCCACGGUCUCCCCAGGCCAGGUCGCAGAGAGUGACCCUGCAGAGCUGAGCCCGAGAGAGACUCCGCAAGGAGAAGAUAUGCUGAACGCCAUCCGCAGGGGCGUGAAGCUGAAGAAGACCACGACGAACGAUCGCUCCGCCCCCCGCUUCUCGUAGGCGCUCCUAGGCUGGCAGGGAGGGGUGAACUCUUUAAUGAAUACAAGCCUAAUUUGUCUUGAUCCAUUCCAAUCUAUAAUCAAACAAGAUAUUUUGUAGGCAACUCAGAAUACAGCUCUUUUGAAAGUACUCGACAUCUUUAGAUAAGAAUUAAAAGCAACAUAUGUAACUGACAUAAUCUUGAUCUUUUAAUUUGUAAAUAUUGACAGUUUUCUUUCUGCACAUUUUAAUCUUAGUUUCCCUUUUGAUUUUUCUGAAGGUGCCAAAUUCCAUUUAACUUUUUUACAAGUCUUUGUAAAAUUUUAAAUGCAUACGGGGGAGGGUGGUUGGGGCAGGGGAACCAAUAAGUAGUUAAUUUCAGAAAAAGAUUAAUAUACUCGGCUCUUUCUUCUUUUUCUUUUCCCUGUAAGCUUUUGUAGAUGCAUUGUAAUAGUCUAGCUUAUAAGCAAACUCAAGUUAUUUUAAUGUACAAACAAGAUGGCUAAGGGGACGCAUCCCCACCUACUAUACGCUGUUCUGGACGGGAAGAGCAGGAGUGAUGAUGAGCGAUACGGACAGGAGUAAAUCUGGAAAAGGUAGCCUGUUGGGAUUGGGGGGAGGGCCGUGGGAGGGGCACACUGUCAACAUAGCCGAUCCUGUUCCAUUUAAACCGUAGCCUCGUAGCUUGAAUUUCUAGUAGCUUUCAUGGUAAAUGCAUCCAAAUAAGCCAUACUGGAUUGCCGUGUUUGUUUCUGUAGGGUGUUUAAGGACUCUGUUCCGCCACGAUUCCUCCCGCCCCGCACACAGCAUCCACCUUGUCCCCAGCAUGCCGCCGCCGCCCCCGGGCACACGUAGUCCCCACCCCCACUUCAGCUCCUCCUCUGCUGUACUCACUUUCACGGAAUCACACAUCCAAAAGGGUAAGGCAGUUAAAAACGACGAAGACACUUACACAAAUGAGAGCAGGGAAUUCUUAGAUAGAGCAAAUGCCUUUACUUAACUGUGCCCAGCAGGCUGGGUGCAUUGAAAAGCCCAAAUAUUUAAAGAAAAAAAAAAAAAAAAAAAAGAACUCAAGCGGAUUUAACAAGGGUAACCAGCGUGGAGUCCAGCCACUCGCCAGUGUGCUUACGAACCUGGGGGCUUGUUUUUCGUACCUUCCUCUGAAGAGGUGUGGCAGUUAGUUGGCUUCAUACUACACACUGAAGACAGGAGGAUUGAUUUAUCAUCACUGGGAAUCCACCCAUGAUCCUGUCUGGGUUGUUUUGGUUGUUGUUGCUGUACUCUAGGUAAUUUUUUUUUUUUUUUGGAAUGGAGUUGUCUUUUCUUCUUUAAGUGGAAAUCUGUUAUAAUGCCCAUCCCCAAAAGUCAACAGAGACCUGUAGGUUUAAAGGGGCCCUGUGUGGAACAGCGAGAGUUUGGAAAGUGAGCGUGUGGCGGGUCCCCCACCCCUGCGGGUUUCUGUUGGCUCUGAUCGUCUCUGACAUCAUCUGAUGCUUUUCACAUCACCUCACUGGACGCGAGAGGCACGCACCUGUACAGCCGUCAUUCUGUAUAUUAACGCUUAACACUGCUGUGAUUGCUCAAGGGCAUUUUCUGUUCCGGCUUUAAAGCAAAGGCAUGAUUAUUAGGAAUUUUUAAGCGUUUUUUUCUUUGAAAAACAAGCUCCUUUUACAGACUAUAAGCAACAGUAGUGCCUGUGGUGUAGCCCACCAAUCUUGAUGAUAAAAGUAGCUGAUGCAUUGUGCAUAUGAUGCUCGAUGGUUUUUGCAGAAGCAGAAAUCGCCGCAAGGUAAUUACAAUAGAUAAAAGUGGUAUUUUAAACCUUUGAAAUAAAUGGAUGUAACUGUACCUUGGUACAGCUUCUCACUUGUUUAGUUUUUAAACGUUAGUAUAAUCUGAAUAAAUUUAAUAUAAAAUGUUGCCAAAUUCAAUGUAGAAAGAAUGUGACGAAACACCUUGGGUAGUUCUGUUUGUGUUUUUGCAUAUUGUAAAAGCAGUGUCACAGCUGAAAAUAAAGAGAUCCUUUCUAAAGGUAAAUUAUUGUGGUUUAGUUGCUAGUUUGUACUGAGAGUUGACCUCUCCCUGUGCAGUUUUUUGUUCUGAACUUGUAUAAAUAACGAUUGUGUACUGUGUCUCCCCUCUACAUUGUAACAAUUGCUUCAGCCUACAUAAAUAAAGAACCACUAGAAAAAGAAA